AUGCUAAGCCGUGGGGUUGAUGUAAGCCAAGGACAACUUCUUCAGUAUGCCAUUUUCCGAGACACGGAUGUUAAUGAAGUUAUAUCGAUGCUCGUUGAUAAGGGUGCACCUUUAGACGCCGCAAUGCACCAGGACGGGCAUACUUUGAUGCGAUUCUGGCCUAUGAGCCUGGGGACUCUUUGCAUAUUGCAGCAGAGCUCGGGGGACGGAUGCAAUUCCGCCAAGGACGCGAACGGCCGCACCGCUGUGGAGUUGGCACAACAGUUGAAUCAGACGGAAGUUGUGAGACUUUUGGAGAGCAAAUUGUGA